GCGUGGUGACACGACCUGUCAAAUACGCUUCCUUGAAUGUUGCGAAAAUGGCUCGCGAACAACAACACGUGGGUUGGCCACGAAUUUCUUAAAAUAUUGGCACGUGAUAUGUUAUGUUAUGCUAAAAAAUAGUAGUAUUUUAAGUGAAGCAGCCUGACUGGAUAUCCGGAGAAGAUGGGACCACUUACACCAUCUGAAGGGACCACAAAAGGUUCUGUGACUUUGAAGAAUAAUGUCCCAUCAAAGAUUCUUAGCUUGUUCUCAGACCUCACUGAGCAUGACACUGAGAAGCGCUUGAAGUCUGUUGUGCUUCUCAUCCAUCAAGUAGUGAAUUCUGAAAAGAAAGUGCAGGCCUCUGAUGGCAUUGGCCCGACUGCCUCCUACUGCCUGACUCGGCUGGUGCGCGGCCUGGCCUCCUCCCGUGCCGGCGCGCGCGAGGGCUUCUUCACGGGCCUGGUGCUGCUGCUGCGGCGACUGCCGGCCUUGGACACGGCGGCGCUGCUGGCCGCCGUGGACGCGCACCUGCCGGACGUCCGCGGCGACCCGCGACAGGCCACAGAGCACCGGAUCGGCCGUCUGCUGGCCGCCGGCGCCGCCGUCCGCGCCGGCCACUGCUCCCAGCUGGACCGGCUGACGGCGGCCCUGCUCGAGGGCUGGCACCACCGCGCCUACAUGCCGCCCAUGGUGUCCACCUUUAUCGAGGAGCUCCUGCUGCGGGUAUCUGAGGAGCAGUUUUCCGGCUCCGUCUGGCCGCAGCUGAAGGAGCUGCUGGCUGCCGGCUGGGACGGAUGUACCCCAGAGAGACUAUGGAUGCUGCUCGUUAGCCGACGCCAGUUUCCCGAUGUCGUGGAUUCACGAUUCUUGAAACAGCACUGGGGCUCCAAGAAGGUGUUCUCGCCGAAAAAUUACGAGAACAUCUUGCAAAUGAUUAAGGUGUCUGCCGGCUCCCUGCCGGCCAUCCACCCGCUGGUGGGCUCGCUGGCCACUCUGGCCGUGGAGCGGUCCCCGGCCGAGCUGCUCAGUUUCGGAGCCGCCGUACUGGAGCCACUGCUGGACGACCGGACGGCCGACGUCGCCCUGCUCGCCAUGGCCAUGGUACAGCUGAUGGUGGCGCACCUGAACACACCCGAGAUGCUGGAGUCGGUGCUGACGCCGGCGCUGGUCGGCGCGCUGGUCCGCCUGCUGCCCAAGCGGGACCGGCGCACGGAACAGGUGGCGCGCGGCCUCGGCUCGGCGCUGGUGGGCCGCGUGCUGGCGCCGGACAGCAGUGCUGAGCUGCAGCUGACCGUCAUCAGCCGGCUGGUCAGCCCGCCCGGCUCCAUCAACUUCGACCACAUGACCGGGACGAAAAUUCUGGCUCAGAUGCUGAAUGGUCUGAAAGCGGAUGCACUGGAGCCCUUCAGCAAGACUGUUCUGAGCUGCUUUGAAGGCACAAGUAGUGACCGGAAUCUGACGCCGCGCGGCCGGGCCGUGGCCUGUGACCUGCUCUGCCGGCUGGUGCAGCACCCCAGCGCGCCCGGCCGCACACCGCUCAAAGAGCGCCUCCUGGAGCGACUGUUCGCCGCCGGAGUGCUCCGAGACGACUCAGUGUCCGACGAGCUGGCAGCCACCGCGCUCCGGGCCUUCUUCAGGGCGCUGGAGCACCCGGUGCGCCGUCUGGCCGACCUCACGGAGCUGCUGCGCGGACUGAUGGAGCGCCAGCGGGCGCUGCUCCGUGCCGACGGGGCAGAGCUGCGCGCGCCGCUCUCCCCGGAGGCGCGCGCCGCCUGGGACGCCGCCGCCAAGGCGAUGCGGAAGCUGAGGCCGGGCGCCGGGCCCGACACAGAUGUGUUCAUCAUCCUGCUGGGCCACCUCAGUCAGCAGCUGUUCGGCACCGAGUGCGCCGCAGCGGUCGACGCGCUGCAGGAGCUGCACGCGUGUCUGGAGCGGCAGCAGCAGCUGCGCCGCUCGGCGGAGGAGCCCGUCUGGAGCGAGGUGGUGGUGGACCUGCUGCUCUCGCUGCUGGCUCUCAACGUGCACCUGCUGCGGAACGUGGUGCGGUCCGUGUUCACACUGCUGGCGCCCACCCUGUCACCCGAGGCGCUGCUCUACGCCUUCCAGCCGCUGAAUCCGGACUUUAAAAUGAACAGUCGGCCGGGUGAUGAUGCCGAGGGCGAGAUGGACGAGCAGGAGAGCGGCUCUGAGGACGAGAGCGCUGGGGAGGAGGACAGUGCUGAGGAGGACGAUGAGGAUGAGGACGAGUGGGAGGACGAGUCGAGCGGCGCCGAGGAGGAAGGCGAGAACGCCGCAGAGGACACUGACCAGCUGGAGACGAUGCGGGCGCAAGUGAAGGCCGCUCUGGGCGGCGACUCUGAGGACGAUGCCGUGUCUGUCGACUUGGACGACGUGCCCGAAGAACAUCUGGCCAAGGUGGACGAGGCGCUUGGCGCUGCCUUCCGCGCCAUGAGGAAGGACAAACGGAUGAAGGGAGGGAACCGCCCGACCGACGAGCAGUUGGCCAUGAUGCACUUCAGGAUCAGGGUGCUGGACCUGGUCGACGUGUACGUGCGCGCCUGUCCGCGCUCGGCGGCGGCUCUGGGCCUGCUCUCGCCGAUGGUGUCCCUGCUGUCCAGCUGCGCCACCGACAGCCACCAGGCGCCGCUGCUGGGCCGUCUGCGCGCCUGCCUGAAGCGUCUGACGGCGGCCGGCGGCCGGCUGCCCGAGCGGCACGGCCUGACGCAGACCCUGCUGGCCGAGCUGCUGCAGGACGUCCUCACCAGCGGCGCCAGACUGCCUGCGUUCAGCCUGGAGCUGGGCGGUCUGCUGGCGGCCGCUGUUCGUCUCCUGGUUCGGACCAGCGCCCAGCUCGGCGGUGAUCAGACGGAGGUGAUCUCCGCGCUGUCCACCGCCCUGGACGCCUUCUUCACAGACCGGGAGUGUGUGUACCCGGCGCGAACGUUCGGCCAGCUGCUGGCGCUGCCCGGCUGGCCGCGCGGCUGGACGCUCGUCACGCCCCUGCUCGACGCCGCCUUCUCCGAUCGCGUGCGCCCCUACCGGCGCACGCAGGCCUUCCAGCUGGUGACGACGGCCGCCAAGAACCGCGCCAUGGUGGGCGCCGUGCCGUCCGCUGAGGUGGAGUCGGCAGCUGCGCGGCUGGAGGCCGGCAUUCACCAGCUGGUGUCUGACGUAUCGGCGGCGGACGGCGUGCGCACCAAGUACGUGACGUGCGCGCUGGAGGCGCUGCUGGCGCUGCGCCGCGCCGCCGGACUGACCCGGCCCGUCACACAACUGGCCGCCCAGCUGACCGAGCUCGGCCAGAAGUUCUCACUCAGCAAAUACACCCGGUCGCUGAUCGCCCGACUGGCCCAGACCGGUCCGCGACCUGAAGGGAUGAAAAACGCCAAAUUACCGAAGAAUAACGGCACCGCUGCGGCGCCGGCCGAUGUGUCUGAGCCGGUCCAGGAUCGGCCGCGGAAGCGCGCGGGCAGCUGCCGGUCGACAGCGGUGGAUGAGGGUGAUGGCAGCGUGGACAGUGGCGUGGAGGAGGUGGCCAGCGAUGCCGAGCCGCCCAAAAAGAAAAAGAUACGGCCGGCAAGAGUGGUCGCGUGACGGCCUAGUCGAGGUGUUGUUAAACGUUUCUUGACGUGAAUACAGGGGGUGCGAGCGGGAA